CGAAGAAGAGCAGCGGCCAAUCCGAAUCAGAAAGAGGGCUUCUACGAAAUGACGCUGCAGAUAGGAGACGGUUUGGCAUCGAUGACGGGGGUAUUCAAUUUGGAAUCUGCUUGCCCCCAGGUCCUUGACCUAUGUAUGGCACCUGGUGGCUUUACUGCGACAGCCAAAAAAUAUCUUCCAACAUCACUUAUCAAUGCUGUUACGCUUCCUCCUCAAAUCGGUGGCUAUGAAGUUAUGGCCAAAGAAAUCUGCCAGCAAAUUACCUAUGCCGAUAUCACCAUGUACUCAAGUGAAAUGGAUUUUGAGGAAGAGAUUCCAGCUGGACAUCCUGAUUCCAAGAAAUUUGAAAUAUGCCGGCCGUAUCUUGGAAAGCAGUACGACCUAGUGAUUUGUGGAGGCGCCGUGGGUAAAAGUCAUCCGAGGGAGUGGUACCGCAACGACUGUGAGGGACCGCGUUUAACAGUUUCACAAUUAGUCUUCGCAAUGAACCGUCUCAAAAACGGGGGGUCACUAGUCUUGCUUCUUCACCGCGUCGAGAGCUGCUGGGACACGGUAUGCAUACUCCACGCUUUCAGUGAAUUUUCUGAUAUACAACUUUACAAACAUCCCAAGUUCCAUGCUAUUACAUCGACAUUCUACCUGGUGGCGAAAAACGUUGACUUGGAAAACGAGGCAGCGAGAGCAUCGCUGUCCUAUUGGAAAUGCCUCUGGAAAUACCUGACUUUUAAAGACUUUGGGAACAUUUCACCACCUCGCUCGAGCCUUUAUGAGUCUACUGAUGCUUUUGUUCGAAAAUUACGAGAUGAAUUCGGGCCUCGGUUUAUCAAGAUUGCCCAGCCAAUAUGGGAAAUACAGGCCAAAACACUCCGGAGAGCACCCUUUACAAAACAUCUGGAAGCUUCAAGACGGCAUAAUCAUUGA